AUGGUCAAAUGGAAUGAGUCAACUAUUAUUAUGCAAAUCACGGAUUCUGUCAUUGACAGAUUGAAACAGGCAGAUAUUGGUGACGAUAACUUAGUUGGAAUUGAUAGCCGUUUGGAAGAAUUGCACUCAUUGAUAGGCAUUGGAUUUGAUGAUGUUCGCAUGCUUGGAGUAUAUGGAUUUGGUGGAAUUGGUAAAACCACAAUUGGGCAAGUUAUUUUUAAUUCAAUCGCAUACCAAUUCGAUGGUGUUAGCUUUCUUUCAAUUGUUAGAGAGCAACCCAUACUUCAAUUACAAGAAAUACUUCUAUUUGCAAUCACAGGAGUGAAAGAUAAAAACCUGAACAAUGUUGAUGAAGGGAUCAAUGAGAUAAAGAAGAGACUGCGACAAAAAAAAGUUCUUAUUAUUGUUGAUGAUGUGGAUCAUUCGAGUCACUUAAAGUACCUGGUUCCAGAUCGAGAUUGCUUGGGUAAGGGAAGUAGAAUUAUUAUAACAACUAGAGAUAAACAUUUACUAUGUGAAUAUGGAGUGGAUGCUAUAUAUGAGGUUCAAGAAUUAGGUUCUGAAGAAUCUAUGCUUCUCUUUAGCCUGUGUGCCUUUAAACGAAGAUUUCCUGAAAAAGGAUAUGUGGAACUUUCAAGAGAAAUAGUAGAUUAUGCCAAUGGUCAUCCCUUAACUCUUAAAGUUUUAGGGCAUUCUCUUUACGGUAAGACAAUAUCUGAAUGGGAAAAGGAUGGUAAACUGAGAGUACUUUGGAAAGUGAGUAAGCUUCAUGAGAAGUUAAAGGUUAUCAACCUCAGUCACUCUCAGCAGCUCAUUCAAAUCCCAGACUUCUCAGAUACCCCAAAUCUGGAGAGUCUAAUUCUUGAAGGGUGCACAAACCUUGAGAACCUUCCAAGCAGCAUUUGGGACUUGGAUUCUCUUGUAAAUCUUGAUCUCUCUCACUGUUCAAACCUCCAGAAACUUCCAGAGGUCCAGGGGAAUCUAUACUCAUUGGAAUAUUUGAACUUGGCAUUCUGCAAAAAACUUGAGAGCCUUCCAGAGAACCUCUGUUAUUUGAAAUAUCUCAAGACUCUCAAUGUAAUUGGUUGUUCAAAACUUGGCAGAUUGCCCGAGAGCCUGGGAAGCCUGGAAUGUCUGGAGAAGCUUUGUGCAUCAAAUGCAGAUUUGAUUAGCUCUCAAUUUCAUUACUCUUUGGCUGGUUUGUGCUCCUUAAAAAUAUUAGAUGCACAUGGCACCUGCCUAAAGAAAGGAGCAAUCAGUAGUGACAUUGGCAGCUUAUACUCAUUGGAAGAAUUAGACCUAAGUUACUGCAAUUUAAUGGAUGGAGGAAUUCCUGAUGAUAUUUUCUGCCUAUACUCAUUGAGAGUAUUAGAUCUAAGUGGAAACCAUUUUCGUAGAGUAACUGAUGCCAUAAGUCAACUUUCUAAGCUAAGAGUGCUUCGGUUGAGGCACUGCAAGCAUCUUGGAGAAAUUUCAGAGCUUCCAUCGAGUCUCAGAGUCCUAGAUGCCCAUGGUUGCACAAGCAUGAAAACUUCAUCAAGUACAUCAUUGUCGCCAUGGCAAAGGCAGUUAAAUUGCUUCAAAUCAGCUGUCUUACAAGAAAUUCAGGAGUUGAAAUACAGUAGCCUUUUGUCUCUUCCAGCAAAUGGUGUCAGCCAGGGAUUUAGUACUUUUAUUCCUGGAAGUGGAGAAGUUCCAGAGUGGAUGUCACACCAGAGUGUCGGCAGUGAAGUAACGGCUGAGCUUCCUCCAAAUUGGUACGACAAUAACGAAGUCUUGGGAUUUGCUUUAUGCUGUGUUUAUAUUCCACAACAGGAUGAACCAGAGAGUAGUACAUCUGAGAAUGCCAUGGUGAAUAUCACGCAACCUUAUCAUUUAAGAUGUAAAUUGACUUUCCUUGAUGGCAUUGGAUUUUUGGAUGAUCUCUUAUAUGGAUCAUCCUGCCAAUGCGACCAUAAUGAUGGUGUAUCAGAUUCAGUGUGGGUAACAUAUUAUCCUAAUCAUGCUAUCAAGAAGAAGUAUCGCUCUGAUGCAUCAAGGCAUUUUAAGGCUUCAUUUAGUGGUUAUGUUGAUGGUAAACCAGUCAAGGUGGAAAAGUGUGGAAUUGGUCUUGUAUACAUCUGA